UGUCAGUAGCGCUCGUCGCGGUCGCCGGGCCUCCUGUUCUUCGGUGUUCGACGGCCUCGCAUUGCCGAGAUCGCCCAAAUCGUACGACCCGCGUGAUCCGUCCUCCUCCGCGUCACGUGUCCCGGAAUUACGGCGCCGCGGGUGACGGAGGACUCGCGGAACGUGUGUGCGCGAUACGCGAUAUAUGUCACUUUGUGCCGCCGCCGCCGCUGCCGCCGCCGCGCCGGGGACGAAAUUGUUCGUUCCGAGUUCGUGGAACUCUCUUGGAGCUUAUGUCUUCGGAAAUUUUCGUAAUACGACGAAUCCUCAGAUUCUGGAGAGAGCCGGAUUUCUCCGGUGAAGAUUCUGGUAUAGAGUGACGCGUUAAAUGAUCCGGAGCGAUCAAGUGAGUCUUCGGACGGACUCCUUCCGUCGGAGCUGAAAGGAACCCGGAGAGGAACGCAAAAGGGAUUUCGAUAAAGACUGGAGGAGUGAGUGAAUCUCGCGAAGUUGGAACGCAAGUCGGAGAUAACCUUGCGCGUCACGCCGUGGUGGAGAGUUCUUUGAAACUCUUAAGAUCUCUUCGUGACACAUUUCAUCUUUUAUCGAUUCGCAACUUUGAUCGUGAAUCGGUUCUACGAGGCAGAUGAACACGGCGCCGAAAAGCAUGGAGAAUAUCGGCAAAUAUCGGCGCGUCGUAAUACUGAGCAGGAAGCCAGCCGCGCGAUUUUUCCUCAUGCUGGAGAAUAAUUCGAGAAAUAUCCUCGCGAGUGGUGAGCUGAAGAGCGGGAAUCUCUCGAGGAACCUGCGCGUCACGUGACUGUUUCGGCGGUAACGAUGAGAUCGUUCGUGAGACUCGAAACUACGAAGGGCGAGUUAUAGUGAAGAAUCUUCCACCCGGGCGCCCGAGUUCGUGACGUCUCGUCGCUACGCGGGUAUUCCACGGUGGUGAACGCGGGGUAGGUGAGCGGUAUCUCGCUCGGAAAAAGUGAAAGAAACGCGCGGGGAGGCACGUGGGGACCUGAAUUGGGACUGACUUGGCCCGGACCUCGCCUCGCGCGCAAAAGAUCUUUCUCCUCGCGAGUUCACGCACGCCAGCGACUCCGACGGGCUCUUUUCUCGGCCGCGGCCGAGCCUCUCACCGCUCUCGUUCGCCGACGUAUGUGCGCUAUGAUCUCAAACAAGAUGAUGUAUCGGCAGCAGAACACUCAGUCAUCGUCCAACGACGAGUUUGCGAUGUUCGCGCCAUCGGCCGCGUAUCGUUCCUCGUGUUCGACGCUACCGUCGUCGAUGUCGACGUCAUCGUCGUCGUCGUCAUCGUCGUCAUCAUCGUCGUCGUCGAGGUCGUCGCCCGCGGGAUCGUCCUGUCCCCUGCUGGCGUCCGUCCUCGCGUGGUCGUUGACGCUUCUGCUGAUCUCGUCCUGCAUCGGCCUGGGCGCGGACGCCGCCAGCCUCAGCGGCCAUCCCCUGGGCAAAAGGUCGUUCUUCGACAUCCAGUGCAAGGGCGUGUACGACAAGAGUAUCUUCGCCCGUCUGGACCGCAUCUGCGAAGACUGCUACAACCUCUUCCGGGAACCGCAAUUGCACAUGCUUUGCAAGAAGGAAUGUUUCACCACGGACUAUUUCAAAGGAUGCUUAGACGUCUUGCUGCUAACGGACGAGGUCGGAAAGAUCCAAAUGUGGAUCAAGCAACUCCACGGAGCUGAUCCCGGGGUUUAGGCAAGACUGCUUCAGCACACAAUACUUCACGAGCUGCAUCCAAGCGCUGCUGCUUGAGGACGAGAAGGAAAGGUUGCAGGAGAUGGUCGAGUACCUAGGUCGCAAGAAGUAAACGGGACAUGGUCGGAGCAACGACGCGCCGCACCACGAAGGAGACACACAUCACGCGAUACACACUUACACGCACUACACAUAUACACACUCUCAUACACACACAAACACGAAAAAAAAACACAUACAAUCACAUACGUAAGACUAAGAAGGAGAUUGACGCAGAAGACGCGGUCGAGACGCGAUCUGGAAAAGGACUACGAGGCGGAACGAAGAGGAGGGCGUCGAUCGUCGUCUUUCCGCGAACCCCGGGAAGUCUGGAGCUUUACGAGAUUCAAUUCGAUACCGUUCCUUGGAGAGAACGGGAGGGUUGACUCGUUGCUGACGCGUUGGACAACGGCGAGCGCACCGGCCGGACGAACUUCGGCGCGUGUCGAACUUCGAGAAGAAACCAUCAGGAUCUUCGUCAGAUUCCGGACAAAUCCCGUCCGGAGAUUAUCGAUUAUGGACGACCGGGAGAGCGAUACGGUAGUACUUACGACGUUUACGAGAUGUUCAGGAAGACUCGCGAAGAAAGAUUCGCGGUCGCAUCUUGAAACGUAUGAUUCGACUCGAGAGAAAGAGAGAGAAAGAGAGACGUGGUUACGGUGUCCACGGAGCGGAAAGGGACAUCGCGAUACGUCGUUCUGUUCUAAUAUCGGCGAGUACUCGCGGUGCGAUGAGAGUACGAUUGAGAGAAUUCGGAGGGAGACCGGAAGGGGGACGGCGAGUCCUCUUCGCGGUGAGUCGCGUCGUUGCUUGACACGAUGAUGAGGAACGAAGUUACACAACAAUACACUAAACGACGAGCCACGAAACGGUACGAUUGAGCCAUGCAGACAUACACACACGCAUACACGCACGCAUACACUCACGCACACAUACACGCACACGCAAGCACGCACGCACACGCACAUACACACACACACACACGCACAGCGAAUCCAUACGAAUUCUAGUCGAUAAAAUAUCUGCGCUCUCGCGCACCACGCCACUCGUUUUUAUUCGAUUAAUUAUUAAUCGUCAAUCAUUCAUCACUACGGAGUAAUAAUGGUAAUUUACAUUAUUAUUAUUAUUAUUAUUAUAUUAUUACUAGAUUAUUUUUUAUGUCACGAUUAUGAUUUUUAUUAUUACCGCCAUCUUUCAUCCGUUUGUUGUUUAGUUAAACCGAUCGAACCUUUAAUGUCCAUUUUCACCAAUGUAGAUUAACUUCGAUCUCGAUUUAAUUUACUCUUUAUCCUUUUUUUAGUUCUAAAAAUUAGAAAUAAAUGAAAAAUAAGUUAAACCGAGAUCAAAUCAAGAAAACAUCGAGAUCUUGUGUGAAUAGCUAAAAGAUAUCUUCAGAGAUAUCUAAAAAAAAAAUUGAAAUGAUAUCUCAAGACGUAACAAGUUAUCUUUUUGUUUAUGUGGGAAAUUAAUUUACAUUAGUGGAAAUGGACAUAAGUCGUUUACAGAGAACGUGCGCGCGACCAGACGAAGAGUGUCGGUAGUUAUAUCGCGUAACACAGAUAUAUGCAUAGUAACGUUCUUUUAAGCGUACGAGAGAGAGAAAUAUUAAAAAUGAACGCGAGAAUUUGGCAAAUAUGUGAAAGACGAGAUUUUUUUUUUAUUCGGCUAAGUAUUUUAAAGCAAACAUUAAGCGAAAUAGAUCGAAGUGGUCGGUCAAACAGACCGCAUUAUUAUUAUUAUUACUAUGUCAUAGUAGAAUUAUUGUUGUUAUUAUUGCAAUUUAUAUGACGACGUUUUUACCGGGGUGAACGCACUGGGCGGCACGGUGGAAGAGAGAGAGAGAGAGAGAGAGAGAGAGAGAGA